CUCGCGCUUCCACCUUCAAUCCUGUCGUCAGCGCGUAGCAAGCCCACGCGCUCCUACUCCCCCCUCCCCGCGCGGUGAAAGCUGAUAUCGCAGGGGGAAGGAGAGGACCGCGGUGGGAGAAAGCUGGAUCUUACUUUCGGGCUUAUCUGAACAAAUUUACAGUAUUUUUAAGUGUGCCAAAUAAACCGGACAUAAAUUAUAUCGCAGGCACGUGUUGCCCGAACGUUGAUUUCAUUCUCAAAUUCGCCAACGCAGAAUAAUUCAUUGACCGCGGACGAAUUGGCACAAUCUGUCCAAAGUUAGCUAGCCUGCAAGCUAGCCAGCUAGAAGGACAAAACCCAGGCGAAAGCGGAGGCGACGCGAAAAGUGAGGUUCAGCGUCAAGUAGGUAGUAAUGUUGCUGUUAGAAAUUAACUUUAGAUACGGAUGAGAAGGAUAUCGAGGAUUCGGACACCAGGAGGUACAACAACAGACGUGCUUAAAGCUAGACAACGACUGUAAUGUUGGGGCAGCGGCGACGGGUUCUCCAAAGUGGCAGCCCGUCGGUGUCCCGGGGCUGGCAACAUUCGGUGCUGUGGAGUCUCGGGGUCUUGGUGUUCCUCCUCUUCCUCGAGGGGACCGUCUGCCGCGCCAACCCCAGCAGUGCUCCGGGCGACAACAACAACCACCCCAGUGUCAACGUAUACAUGAGCGAAGAAGAGGUGAAAAAGCUUUUGGGUCUGGAUGCAGAGCUGUACUACGUCAGGGAUGACGUGGUUAAUAACUACGCUCUCUCCUUCGUGCUCCCUGUACCCAGCAACACCAACAGCCUGCACUUCACCUGGUCCUCCAGGAGCAAGGUGGAGUAUCGUCUGGGCUUCCUAGUGGAGAACCCUGCAGCCAUGAACCAUCCCCAGAGCAACAUCUCCAGUCAGGGAGAGGUGCCUCGUGUCACCUCAGUGUUCCGGGUGGACCUGUUCUGCUCAGGGAAGGUGGACGGGGAGGCAGUGGUGAGGGUGCAGCUGAAUCUGACGUCCCUGGAGGACCAGGUGACCCUGCUCUCCUUCAGGAGGAGGAAGAUGUGCUACAAGAGGAUCGAUCCUGAGUCUAAGAUUCCUGCUCUCUCCAACAACAAGACCCUCCAGAGACCAGAGAUAGACGGCGUGGCAGCCCCUACCACAUCCACCCGCGUGUUCUACAUCAGCGUGGGCGUCUGCUGCGCUGUCAUCUUCCUGGUGGCCAUCGUCCUCGCCAUGCUGCACCUGCACAGCAUGAAGAGAGGGGAGCUGGAUGACAGUGUGAGUGACAGUGGCAGCUCCCAGGGUCUGUCCCAGCCCUCCACCCAGACCACCCAGUACCUGAGGGCCGACACCCCCAACAACAUCACGCCCGUCACCAACCACCACCCUGGUUCUGCUCCCAUGCUCCAGCUUGCAGCCGCAUCCUCCUCCUUCCCCAGCUCCGGGGAUCACGAACCCAGAAGCUACCCGUCUCUCCGCAUCGAGAAGAACGACCUGAGGAGUGUGACCUUGAUGGAAGCUAAGGCCAAGGUCAAAGACAUCGCCAUUUCCAGGGAGAGGGUCACACUACGGGAUGUCCUGCAUGAAGGGACGUUUGGGCGGAUCUUCCACGGAGUGCUCCUGGACGAGAGAGACCCCUGCAAGGAGAAGCCGGUCUUUGUGAAGACGGUGAAAGAUCACGCCUCAGAGGUGCAGCUCACCAUGAUGUUGACAGAGAGCUGCAAGCUGCGUGGCCUGCACCACAGGAACUUGCUGCCCAUCUGUCAGGUGUGCACUGAGGAGGGUGAGGCGCCCCUGGUGCUGCUACCCUUCAUGAACUGGGGCAACCUCAAGCUGUUCCUGCGCCAGUGCAAGCUGGCCGAGGCCAACAACCCCCAGGCUAUCUCCCAGCAGGACCUGGUCCACAUGGCCAUCCAGAUCUCCUGUGGGAUGAGCUACCUCGCCCGUAGAGAAGUCAUCCACAAGGACCUGGCUGCACGGAACUGUGUCAUCGACGACAGCAUGCAGGUGAAGAUCACAGACAACGCCCUGGCACGGGACCUGUUCCCCUCAGACUACCACUGCCUGGGGGACAACGAGAACCGGCCGGUCCGCUGGAUGGCCCUGGAGAGUCUGCUUAACAACGACUUCUCCAGCGCCAGUGACGUGUGGGCGUUUGGCGUGAGCCUGUGGGAGCUGAUGACCCUGGGUCAGACCCCCUACGUGGACAUCGACCCCUUCGAGAUGGCGGCCUACCUGAAAGAUGGCUACCGAAUAGCCCAGCCAAUCAACUGUCCCGAUGAGCUGUUUGCAGUGAUGGCUUGCUGCUGGGCCCUGGAUCCUGAGGAGAGGCCCAAGUUCCAGCAGCUGGUUCAGUGUCUCACAGAGUUCCACGCUGCCCUGGGCGCUUACGUCUGACCCCUGGGGCCUACAGGUGACGCCUGGGGCCUACAGCUGACCCCACCCUGGGCCUUCCUAGUCUUUGACUCUUUAUAAAAAAAAAAUUAAACCUGCAAGACCAGACGUUUGUGACCAGCACUAAUCAUGAAAAACCCAAUCACAGAAACUGUGUCUUAUCAAACGAAAGACGAGACUUUCCUUCUCAGCGUUUCUGUUUUGUAUAAACUGUUGAUCUUUUAACAAGUAGAGGAAAGAGGAGGAAGCACAUUUUCAUGGCACCGCUUGAAGUUAGUCACCCUUUAUGAUGCCUCACAAAGGAGGGAAGGAAAGAUUCUGUGGAGAUCAUUGGGCUUUACCAGCAACCAUGAAAUACUACAUCUUCACCUUGGAGAGUGUCCAUCCUGCUCCUCAACCCCUCACAUGAAGACACGAUCUACAAGACCGUUACUUCAGAACUAAGCUUUUUACAAAUCUGUCUUUAAUGACACACCAUGCUAAUGUUUUCUACCAUUUAGUUUUGUAUGUUAGAGAGGUGUACAUUUCUCUGUUGUGAAUGUGAUGUCAGGGAGAGAGGAACUCCUGGGCCCAGUGAUGCUUGAUGCAGGGUACCAAAGUAAACCACACAGGUACGAGUGUGUGAAGACAGAACACAGCACCAGCCUGAGACGGUCCCACAGGACUGGGACCACAGAUCUUCUCCUGGAACUUCAGCCUUCAUGCAGUUUCCCUGGAGAGGGAAUUCUCCGGGAAGAGAUGACAUGCUGGGGGAAAUGGUUUCUGAGGUCUGGAGACGUGUUCCUUCUGGCCACUCACGACUACUGGAUCUGAGCCUCUGCUCCUAGUUCCUCUUUCCUGAGGAAGCGGCAUCGGAGGCCUCGCUGGUAACAUGGCUGCCUGAGGCCUGGGCCAGAAUCAGUCUGCCUAAACGGUGUUGUCGUCACUAUCCCAUAAUGUUAAAUUUAGACUGUUCUGUGUCAGAACACAACCUAGCAAUAACAGGUUUUUGGAUCAUUCAAGUUUAUGGAUAAUAGCACUCUAAUAAUCACUGUUUGAAAUAUCGAAGCGACUUGCCUGAUUGAUGGCCCGGUUUGAUUUCUGACGCCUUUUAGCAUCUUGGUGGCGUUCCAGAUCACUACGUGAUGGAUGAAAGGAUAUUGUGUAUUCCGCUUCCUGAAUUCAAACCCUCAAAUUAAACGGGGCCCUUGAGAUAUAAAACAUGUUUUCUCUUUUCAUUCCUGCUGUGUGCCUUUUGUUUUUAUAAUUUAAGGGCUUAAUAUUUGACAUGAGGAGGGAAGUGUGCGGUGCUUGAUAAGGUACAGUCGAUAUGAGCUUCCUGAAGUUUUUUUUAUUUAUGUUAUUUGUACAGAAACACUCAUAUGAUUGAAUAAUAAAGACACAACAGUUUGGACAUUU